GGCUGUGCGGAUCUUCCUCUGGGACAGAGGGAUGAGGGGGGGCUGCUCUCUGCUGCCUGGCUGCCUGGGAUGGUGGGGGCGGAUUGCGGGGGUGUAAGGUGCCCAAUUGAAAUCUCUUCCGAUCUCCCUCCUAAUGUAAUUGAAUUAGCCAGCUCGGAAGCAGAGGUCACCCCCCACCUCUCCACCCGACGGAAUAAAUGUCGUGUAUCACCCACCCAGCCAGGAGCUUCUGGGAAGCUACCACCACACAGUCAGGAGAGCAAAAUGUCGUGGUUUAGUGGCAUCUUGGUUCCCAAAGUGGAUGAACGCAAGACUGCAUGGGGGGAGCGCAAUGGAAAGAAGGGCAAGCGCAAGAACACAUCUUUGUGUGGUCCCCGUUACAUGAGCUGCCUACAAGACCCUGAGAUGGAGCGCAACAGCCGAAACAACUUUAGCCUCCGUUGCACUUGGCAAGAGGACCAUUACGGAAAGAAAGGAGUGGGGGGUGACCUGGGCCUCAAAUCUGUUGCUCUUGGUUUUGAGGACGGGGAAGUCAAGGGCUCCAAAACGGGUUCAAUGGAAGCAGUGGGUAUGGAGGAGGGAGAGCACCACCUGACACCUAAAGAGUGCUGGACUAGGUUCCUACAAGUGUUCCAGUCAAAGAAAUUUCAGUCUGCAAAACUGGAACGGCUGUACCAACGAUAUUUCUUCCAGAUGAACCAGAGCAGUCUAACUAUGCUGAUGGGGGCCCUGGUACUGGUCUGUCUGGUUAUGUUGAUUUUUCAUUGCACUCAUGGGGAGCUCCGGAUACCUUAUGUUUGUGUACUUGCUAUUGCCAUGACCUCAUUUCUGUCAGUCAUGGUUAUCUGCAAUCGUAAUGGCUUUCACCAAGACUACAUGUGGAUUGUCAGUUACCUAGUUAUUGCCGUCCUGUUUGCAGUACAAAUUCUUGGGGUCUUUAUGGUCACCCCACGUAGUGCCUCUGAAGGAAUCUGGUGGAGUGUUUUUUUCAUCUACAUCAUCUACACAUUGCUUCCUGUACGCAUGCGGGCGGCAGUACUGAGUGGAGUCAUCCUAUCCUCUCUGCAUCUUAUCAUAUCUUGGAGGCUAAACGUUGAUGAUGCCUUUCUCUGGAAACAGCUAAGUGCCAAUGUGCUGAUCUUCCUUUGUACAAACAUCAUUGGCAUUUGUACCCACUAUCCUGCAGAGGUUUCCCAGAGACAGGCCUUCCAAGAAACACGAGGUUACAUCCAAGCCAGGCUGCAUCUGCAGAGGGAAAACCAGCAGCAGGAGCGCCUCCUGCUGUCUGUUUUACCACGUCAUGUGGCAAUGGAAAUGAAAGAGGAUAUAAACACCAAAAAAGAAGACAUGAUGUUCCACAAAAUCUACAUACAGAAGCACGACAACGUCAGUAUCCUGUUUGCUGAUAUUGAGGGCUUUACCAGCCUGGCAUCACAGUGUACAGCUCAGGAGCUAGUUAUGACACUGAAUGAACUCUUUGCACGAUUUGACAAGCUAGCAGCAGAGAACCAUUGCUUGCGCAUAAAGAUCCUGGGGGAUUGUUACUAUUGUGUCUCUGGAUUGCCUGAGGCCCGUGCUGAUCAUGCUCACUGCUGUGUGGAAAUGGGAGUUGACAUGAUUGAAGCCAUCUCGCUUGUGCGAGAAGUGACCGGCGUCAAUGUAAACAUGCGGGUAGGGAUCCAUAGUGGACGUGUUCAUUGUGGUGUCCUGGGCCUGCGCAAGUGGCAGUUUGAUGUGUGGUCUAAUGAUGUGACUCUGGCCAACCAUAUGGAAGCAGGUGGUAAAGCAGGGCGGAUUCACAUCACUAGUGCAACCUUAAAUUACUUGAAUGGGGAUUAUGAGGUGGAGCCUGGUUUUGGAGGUGAGAGAAAUGCCUAUCUGAAGGACCAUGACAUCAAGACCUUCCUGGUGACCGGAUGCAGCCAGAAAAGGAAAGAUGAAAAAGCAAUGCUGGCAAAACUACAAAGGGCAAGAGCAAAUUCAAAUGAAGGUCUUACAAGAGUCUGGGUACCUGAAAGAUCUUUUCCACGCAACAAAGGCUCCAAAGCCUUUCGACAAAUGGGCAUUGAUGAAUCAAGCAAAGACAACAGGAACACACAAGAGGCUCUUAAUCCAGAAGAUGAAGUUGAUGAAUUUCUGGCAAGGGCAAUAGACGCAAGAAGUAUUGACCAGUUACGAAAAGAUCAUGUUAAAAAAUUUAUUCUCACAUUUCAGACCCCAGACUUGGAGAAAAAGUAUUCCAAAAAAGUGGAUGAUCGCUUUGGAGGUUAUGUGGCCUGCACCCUGUUGGUCUUCUGUUUUAUUUGUUUUAUACAAAUUGUCAUCUUUCCCCAUUCCUUGUUAAUGCUUGGCGUGUACACAAGCAUCUUCAUCAUUCUGGUCAAUAUCCUGUUUGUGUGUGCGGUGUACUCCUGUAUAAAGCUUUUCCCAACAGCCUUGCAACGGGUGUCUCGAAAGAUUGUCCAGUCACGAACAAAUAGCACCCUCACUGGAAUUUUCUCCAUUUUAUUGGUAUUCACCUCCGCCUUUGUUAACAUGUUUGCCUGUAAUCACCAGAGCCUUGCUGAAUGUGCUGCUGAAGAACUGAACAUUAGUCGAGAUUCCGUCAAUGCCUGUCACUUCCAAAUGCUUAACUAUAAUAUGAGUAUGGAAACUGCUCCCUGCGGAUCCGAUCAGCCAUCUUGCAACUUUCCUGAGUACUUCAACUACAGCAUUCUGCUGAGCCUGCUGGCCUGCUCGGUGUUUCUUCAGAUCAGCAGCAUCGGAAAACUGGCUCUCAUGUUGUCCAUUCAGGUUAUCUACAUUAUCAUCGUAGAAGCGCCUGAGGUUGUUCUCUUUGACAACUAUGACCUGCUGGUGACUGCAAAUGCAUUCUCCUUCAAUCAAACUCAAGAAGGUGAACAAUGUGUUGUGGGCAGUAAGAUACCCCUGAAGUAUGUGACCCCUGUCAUCUUGACCGUGUUUGUGUUGGCUCUAUACCUCCACGCUCAACAGGUGGAGUCUACAGCUCGGUUGGAUUUCCUGUGGAAGCUACAGGCAACCGGAGAGAAGGAGGAAAUGGAGGAGUUGCAAGCUUACAAUAGGCGCCUCUUACACAACAUUCUCCCAAAAGAUGUAGCAGCCCACUUCCUUGCAAGAGAACAUAGAAAUGAUGAACUGUAUUAUCAAUCCUGUGAAUGCGUAUGUGUCAUGUUUGCCUCAAUCAGCAAUUUCUCAGAGUUCUACGUUGAGCUUGAGGCCAAUAAUGAAGGAGUGGAGUGCCUGCGCUUACUCAAUGAGAUCAUUGCCGACUUCGAUGAGAUUAUAAGUGAAGAAAGAUUCCGACAGUUGGAGAAGAUUAAAACUAUUGGCAGCACUUAUAUGGCGGCUUCAGGCUUAAAUGAUACAACUUAUGACAAAGAGGGGAAGACACACAUUAUAGCCUUAGCAGACUACGCAAUGAAGCUGAUGGAGCAAAUGACAUAUAUAAAUGAGCAUUCCUUCAAUAACUUCCGAAUGAAGAUUGGGCUUAACAUUGGGCCUGUGGUUGCUGGUGUUAUUGGAGCCCGUAAACCCCAGUACGAUAUUUGGGGAAACACUGUGAAUGUAGCCAGUCGGAUGGACAGCACUGGAGUACCAGACCGCAUACAGGUUACGACAGAUCUGUACCAGGUCUUGGCAGCCAAAGGUUAUCGGUUGGAGUGUCGAGGGGUUGUUAAAGUCAAAGGGAAAGGUGAAAUGACCACCUAUUUCCUCAAUGAUGGGCCAGCCAGCAGUUAGCAGGAACCUGUGCUUUCAGGGGAGGGGGAGACAUAGAAGCCUCAUCCUGAUCCCAUACAGAGUACCCAGAACAAUAAGGAAGCUACCUACACGGUCGGCAGUAACACAGGUGCAAAGGGGCUCAGUGGUGCCAAAGCCUCGCACCUGAGAUGGAGAGCUUGGAAGGGGCGUGUUUGUAUGGUGCUGUGCUCAGUGUCUGUGCUGCCCUGCCCAGGAGACUGACUCACCUUUUACAAUGAAAGCCAGCUGCAGUAGCUUUCACCUUGGCACUUAAAAUACUCACAGGCGGUACUUACAAAUUAUUUAUUGUGAACCAGACAACAUGCUAUUUUCUUUCUUCUUUAUUUUUUUAUUGUAUGGGUUUAAAAGAAAGCAAGAGAAUCAUUUUAAAACAGACUUUUUGAAGACUAAAAGAAGCUUCUCUUAAAAACUGACCAAAGAGCCAGACAUAUGGGCCACAGCAGGGAGCGAGGGCAUUGCCUUGUAUGUUUAUAUGCGCUGUUUUCUCUACCGUGAGUGAGUUACAUGUCUCCAGCAGCAGAUGGAACAGUUCUCUAUUCAAUCCCCCAGUACCACCUGCAGGGAUUCAAAAAGGGCAACAAAAUCUCUGCAGCUCAGUUAUUUGCUUCAGUUCCAUGUCAUCACCGCCAUUUGUACGGUUCCGAACUUCCUUAGUUCCAGCCAAUGGAGACAAGCAAACAGGAGAUGGUGAUAUUCCUAUGUGAUACUGUCAGUUCUAUUAUAGUGCAUUUAUGCUUUGACUUUACCCUUGCAUCCUAGAGGAGUUGCUUGGGAACCACAUCCUAAUAAUGGGUGUCAACAUCCUCUGCCUAUUAUGAUCCCUUUGCUGAAUUGCCUUUGAUUCUUUAGAUUGACUUUAGCAAAGGCAUGAGGAGAACGAUGUGCUUACCUGUACAACUCACCAACACACUUGUGCUCUUUUAUUUUUUUCCCCCCUUCACUGUGAAGUUGUUGUUUUCUAUGUCUUUGCCAAAUUUCACAACCAGCCUGCGGAUUAAGAGAGUCUUGAGACUGAAGAAACAGGAUUUAAACCUCAUCUGUUGAGGGCAGCAAAGACUGUCUUAGGUACUAGCUGGCCUAUGGAUUCCUCAGGCUGCAAGCAUAGCCAGCGCCUUAAUAAUUACAUAGUAGACAUGAUUCACUGUACAUGUUCUGUAACCAUCAGAGGAUUAGUAAAUUGCUGCUUGUCGCAGAGGAGAUAACGGCUUGACUUGAGAUGAACUUUCACACAGAAGGAAAUAGGGAGAGUUUAGCCUCAUUGACAGAAAUUAUCUGCAAAACCAUUGCCAGACAAUGUGUUUCAUAUUAUGACUGAAAAUGUUACAAGAAAACAUGGAAUAUCCAGUAAUGAUGACAGCCUUGGAAAGGAAAGAGUCAGUCCUUAAAAUUUUAGAGGAAUUGCCUACUAACCUCAGUUACCUUUUCACCCUUUUAUGAUACCUACAUAAGGGAUGAUGGCUUUUGUGCAGACAUUCUGCUAAUUUAUUCUCAGGCAUAGAUGGUCUUGAUCUUCUGAUAAAGGGCAAAAUACAAACACCUUUAAGAAGUAUAUUAACUUGGGAUAGCGCGGGGGCGUGCAAUGCCAUAACUGGUGCCAAAGAGGAAAAAGGCUACAAGUAUACAUUUGGACUGCUUGUGUUGGCGCUGUACCAGAUUCUCUUGAUAUAUUGUAAAAAAACAAAAGUAUUUUACACCUUUUUUGUGGGAAGAUGUAGCAGAAGGUUAAAUCACCAUGAAAUAGAAUGAAUGUUUAUUUUUUUAUUAAUAUAAACAUAAUGUUAAGUAACUUUAUUUCCAGUGUACACACUAUUGACAGAAACAGCCUCAAGUUAUUGUUAAAUAGAUGAACACAACAUAUGGCUCUAACAUUGUACUUAUAGUAAAGAGGAUUGAAGAAAAAAAACAAGACAUUGCAAAAAGGAGACAGAUUCCAAAUGACUUUCUAGUGUAGACUUAGAAAUGCAAGUUAACAUUUGGAUGCUAUGUGCAAAACCCCUGUGCUCCCUUUUUUUUCCUAAUUCUGUAGAAUAUCCAUGUUGGCAUGUUAUAGGACUAAAGGCAGUGUUGUGUAGUCAGACUAAGAGCCACACCUUACCUAGGCCUAUUGUGUUUCAGUCUGUCUGUGUUUUUUUUUUUUUUUUUUUUUUAAGCUGGUGAUGUGUGUUUGAAUUUUUACCUAACCUGGUAUUGGUUGAGUCCCAUUUAUCCAACCUCUGCAGUCAAUGGAAUUGUGGGGAAAAAGGGUGAAGUGCCUUGAACAACUCUAUAGAAAAUUUCCAUGGUAGUUAAAACUGGUUUCCCUGCCAUUACUCUACUAUGUGCUCAAUGUCUCCAAUUUAACUACACCUUCUACAUUAAGAUGUCCUUUCCUGUUUCUCUGUUGACUGUGCUUAUAUUAUUCAUACUAAGCUUGUUGCUUACCCAGGCAGAGCUUUUAGGCCAACAAAAAAAUGCAGAUAAGGAUUUUACACUACAAAAUAUAACAAUGGUCAUGGUGGUGUACCAUUUACUUUUUGUUUGUGAAUUUUGCAGUUGUCUGAAUCCACUGUGUAGAGAAGCAGUAUUGUAGCUUUGGUCUUAAUGGUCUUUACCGUCUCUAUAUUUACCACUUUAAGAUGGGUAGAAUUGUUGAGGUACACAGUGGUGUUUCAAUUAAAUUAUAAAAACACUUUAUAUUGGGCCUUAUAUUAUACACCAUAUAUUACAGAAUUGAGGAGUUGAUCCCACAUCGAGUAUAUAUGUUUUUUAAUACAUGUAUUUAUUAGGCCUAUAAAUAUUUUCUCAUAACACACUAAAGUGUGUGAUGUUAAAUAUUCUGUGUGCUGCUCACUUUACCAGCUGUGGCUGAAUUACUGUUGUGCUAUUCACUUGCCUUACAUUAUAACCUCCUGUUUGAAAGAACAGGAAGUCGGAGUGCAUUCUUAAAUGUUUUCCCUUUA